AUACAAGUAUGGUUGCUGUGGCAGUGUAAUGAUCAGAUGUUGCCUUAAAAAGUGCCCACAGAACGCAUAUUAAAGUAAAAAUAAUUAAUUUAUUAAUUAUUACACAUUAUAAAUGGCUGAAAGUGCACCCAGUACCUCUGAAGCUACAGCAAAGGCGUCAGUAAUACAACCAUCCAAUUUAGAAUGUAAAAAUUUGUACGAGUACCUCAAAACAAGAACACCUGAAGUUUUAGAAAAGCUUUACAACCAUCCGACAAUUUGCUUAGCUGUUUACAGGGAAUUGCCUGAACUUGGAAGACAAUAUGUAAUCAGAAUCUUAUUUGUUGAACAACCAGUGCCCAAAGCUGUGGUUGCAUCAUGGGGAUCACAAUUAUAUGCCAAGGAAACAAAUUAUGUAAGCAAAGUUUUGACUGAACUAGCUGUUUGGCAUGAAUCACCUAUUCCUGGGGGUUUAACAGGGUGGAUAUUAAGAUGUACAUUCAAAAAGAAUCUAAAAACAGCUCUUCUGGGAGGUGGCAAACCAUGGAGUAUGUCAUCAACAUUAGAAGUGGACAGCAAAGCGCGCGAUGUUUCAUUCCUAGAUAGCUACUCAGUGGAAAGAUGGGAAUGUGUUCUGCAUUAUAUGGUAGGUUCCCAACAACAGGAAGGAAUAUCUGCAGAUGCAGUUCGUGUUUUAAUCCAUGCUGGAUUAAUGAAGUGUGAUGAGGAAGAUGGUAGUUCUGUUAUCACAAGACAAGGCUUCCAGUUUCUGUUAUUAGAUCGCCAAACACAAGUUUGGCACUUUAUUCUUCAUUAUUUAGAUACUGCAGAGAGCAGAGGACUGGAUCUUGCCGAAUGUUUAACUUUUUUGUUUCAAUUGAGUUUCAGCACUUUAGGAAAGGAUUAUAGCACGGAAGGAAUGAGUACAGAAUUACUCAUAUUUUUACAACAUCUACGAGAAUUUGGGUUAGUUUAUCAACGAAAAAGGAAAGCAGGUCGUUUUUAUCCAACAAGACUAGCUCUAAACAUUACUUCCCCAAACACAAAAAUAUCCAACAUCGAAGAAGACACACCAAAAGGUUAUAUUGUUGUGGAAACGAAUUAUCGCGUUUAUGCUUACACAGAUUCCAGUUUACAAGUUGCUUUACUUGCAUUAUUCACUGAAUUAAUGUAUAGGUUCCCUAAUGUAGUUGUUGGUAUUCUCACAAGAGAUUCAAUCAGACAAGCACUUCGUGGUGGAAUUACUGCUGAGCAGAUUAUCGGUUACCUUCGCCAGCAUGUUCAUCCCCAAUUGCUUGAACACGACGCCAAAAGUCCGAUUCCACCAACGAUUGUCGAUCAAAUUAAAUUAUGGGAAAUGGAACGCAAUAGAAUCACUUAUUCACCAGGUGUUCUUUACAGUCAAUUUCUAUCACAAAAUGAUUUCAACGUGCUGCGUGAGUACGCCCAGAGCAACGGGUUUUUGAUUUGGUGUAAUCGCGAUAAACGCACCAUGUUGGUAAGCAAAGCGGGGCACGAUGAUGUUAAGAAGUUCUGGAAGCGUUAUUCCAAGGGGAAAUGAAGCGGGGACGUCGACGUAAUUUAAUCUCAUUUGUAUUGAUCUUUUUAUAUCUAAUAUAAGCUUAUUUGUA